GGUCCAAAUUCCAGCUCGGAGAAGAUAGCCCAGGAAUCCAGAAACUUCAAAAGGGAGACAUUUGUGAAGCCGGGCUGCUGUAGCUGAGAAGCCUUGGCAGAACGAGGAGAACUGGACAGCGGCCAAGAGGGACCCGGGAGCCAGUGCGUCCCACCCUGCAUCAGUCGGGAAGGACGUGGGGAACCACAGUUUCACAGGUUUUGGAUUUUCAGUCCUCCAUCUAAUUGGGAUUAAGGAAGAACUCUCAUGGAACCAUCUGUGAUCACUGCUCUUGCCCUGGUGCUCUGUAUUUCCUGUCUGCUUCUCAUUUCAGCACGGACAAAGAGUCAUGGAAAAGGACAGCUUCCUCCUGGCCCUGUGCCCCUUCCAAUUGUUGGAAAUAUGCUGCAGUUAGACUCUAAGGAUAUCAGCAAAUCCUUUGGCUCACUGGCAAAAAAAUUUGGUCCAGUGUUUACUGUGUACAUUGGUUCUGAGCCUGCCGUUGUGUUAUAUGGGUAUGAGGCAGUGAAAGAAGCUUUGAUUGAUCAUGGAGAAGAGUUUGCUGCCAGAGGAAGUCUCCCAAUUAUUGAUGCUGUUAGCAAAGGACUGGGAAUAAUUUUCAGCAAUGGAGAGAUGUGGAGGCAAAUGAGACGCUUCUCCCUUGUGACUCUGAGGAAUUUGGGGAUGGGGAAGAGGAGAAUGGAAGAGCGAGUCCAAGAAGAGGCAAAGUUCCUGGUAGAAGAAUUUAAAAAAUCAAAUGAACAGCCCUAUGAUCCCAAGUUCAUCCUGGAGUGUGCUCCCUGCAAUGUCAUCUGCUCUGUCAUUUUCCAGAAACGUUUUGAAUAUGAUGAUAAGAAUUUUCUAUAUUUAAUGGAACUUUUAGAAGAAAACAACAAAAUCUUGACCUCCCCAUGGAUACAGGUCUACAAUUUUAUCCCAUCUCUAGUACAUUAUCUCCCAGGAUCUCAUAGGAAAUUCCUUAAUAACUGUCAAAAGCUGCAGAAUUUUAUCUGGGAGAGAGUGAAGGAACACCAAGAAACCCUGGACCCUGACAAUCCUCGGGACUUUAUUGACUACUUCCUGAUGAAAAUGGAUCAGGAAAAGCAAAGCCAACCAUCUGCAUUUACUAUGGAAAACUUGGCCCAAACAGUCUCCGAACUGUUUAUUGCGGGAUCAGAGACAACCAGCAUAACUCUGAGAUAUGGACUUCUGCUUCUGCUGAAAUAUCCUGAAAUAGCAGAUAAAAUUCAUGAAGAAAUUGUCCAUGUGAUUGGCCGAAACCGAAGUCCUUGCAUGAAGGACAGAAACAGUAUGCCUUACACCGAUGCAGUGAUACAUGAGAUACAGAGACACAUUGAUUUAAACCCCUCCAACGUGCCCCAUGCAGCAAAACAAGACACUCAGUUCAGACAAUAUGUCAUCCCCAAGGGCACUACCAUAUUAACAUCACUGACCUCUGUUCUGUAUGAUGAGAAAGUGUUCCCCAAUGCACACAAGUUUGAUCCAGGUCACUUCCUGGAUGAAAGUGGCAACUUUAAGAAGAGCGACUACUUCAUGCCUUUUUCAAUAGGAAAACGGGUAUGCAUUGGUGAGGGCCUAGCUCGGAUGGAGUUAUUUCUGGUUCUUACCACCAUCUUACAGAAUUUUACCUUAAAGCCUCUCAUUGACCCAAAAGAUAUUGAUACCACCCCAAUUUCCACUGGAUUUGGCUAUGUACCUCCUCCUUACAAACUCUGUUUUCUACCUUCUCUGUGAAGUAGGUGAAGGACCACAUUGGGCUUCAGCUACUCUAGUCUUGUUUGACUGUCCUGUAAACAAUGGUAAUUUUCUCUUGCCUGGCAUUCAAAGUCCUCCAUGUUUUCAUCUUAUGCUCUUAAUCUUCUUCCAGCCUAGACUAUUCCUUUUGCCUUUGGCGUACUGGGUUACUUGCUGUGAGUAUUUCAUGGGAGGGACAUCUAAAGGGAAAAAGCAUCUGUGAAUACAACCUCAUCACUCUUAUUAUAGUGGUGGUUGUUCAGUCUCCAUGGGGCCCCUAAUCUGGAGGUGUAUGCCAUCAUUUUCACUUCUUAUUUGAUCUGCUUCUGGCAAAUGGAAUAAUCUGUAGUCCAAUGAAAUGGGUGAACUCCUUCCCUUUUUUUAAUUUGGCAGCCAGGUGUACUCAUAAAUUCCUAUAUUGUUCUGGAACAUAAUGAGAGGAGAUGUAUACACAUAUAUCAUAUGUAUAAUAUAUGUUAUGUACAUAUUAUCAGGGGAUUUAUGAUUCUCAUAUUAAUUGAUAUAUUUGUAAUAACCAUACUACCUAGAUUUGUUGGAACUCCCUUAUUUCCCAGGAGAUUCUGGCUUUGGAGCCAGAGCUACAGUUGACCCCCUGCAGUAGAAACUUGUUGUUGUUUCUCCAUUCUCAAAGUGGACCCCAAUGGCAUCAGGAAGAUGAUGGCUCCCACAGCAGAAAGAAUCUCGUGACAUGCUAACAAUUCACAGAUUCCUGAGCUUAUAACCACCAAGUGAACUGAUUCAGAGUUUGCUGCGUUCCUGUUCCCACUAUGCUAAUUCUGAUUCUGUACCCCACUGAAUAAUCCCAAAGCUCAAUGACCCUUAAGACUUGAAACAAUCAAUUUAAGAACUGUUCCCACAGGACUCAAGAGCACCUAUAUUGUCCCCCAAAUGCCUAUAUACACGGGUAUGCUGUGGGAACUAUUUGCUCAAGACCUAGGAAUGCUCGUGUUGGGAUCUACCCUCUUUGUGGUUUUUAGUGCAUAUAAGCUCUACCCCUGCCCCAGAUUGAGAAUCCCCUCAGCUUCUGUUUGCAAACAUGCCUUCCUCACUCUGAAACUAAUUAAACUGCUACUUGAUUCCUGUCA